AUGCUCUCUUAUGAAACACUGACCAUCAUGUUAGGAUCUUUCUUCACGGGGAUUCUUGUUGCAAAAUCGUAUGAUUUGCUCCGAGGACCGACUGCUGUGGUCAUCAAGAAAGAAGAGAAGAAUCAACAACAAGAGGAAAAUGAUGAUGAAGAAUGGGAAGAUGUGGAGGAAGAUGUUUCCGAUGAGGAUGAUGAGGAAGAAGACUCCGAUCCAAAGAAAAUGACCUUGUUGGUGAGAGGUGAUCUUAAUAUGGGUAAAGGAAAAAUGUGUGCGCAAUGUGGACAUGCAAGUCUUGGAGCUCAUCGAGCGAUUCAUCAAAGAGUUAAAAAAAAUCCAAAGAACGAGCAAUACAAGGAACAUUUAAGAUGGCUAAAUAAGUGGCAUCAUUUUGGAGCUGCUAAGGUUGCACUCAGAGUUGACGCCAACCAAAUGAAACAUUAUGAAAGUGAAGCUAAAAAGAAAGGUCUUCCAACGUAUCGAGUUUUAGAUGCGGGUAAAACACAAGUUGAACCAGGAACAGCAACAGUGGUUGCAAUUGGUCCAUGCCCUGCAAGAUUAUUAGAAUUCACAAAAGAUUUGAAAUUGUUAUAA